CCCCUUUUUUCUGCCAUUUAAAAGCUCCGCUCUGAGGGCAAUGUGAGCCCAUCGCUUUGCGGACUGACAUACGAGGUAGUGAGUUAAAUAAUGUAGAGUUUUUGUGCAAAGCAGAGGACAGUCGAAGAGGGAAGGUGCUACAUGUUUUUUAGAUGGGAAAUCUGUUGGGCAGCUGGCGUUUCAAGGAGCCGAGCACCGUUGAGGAAUGCGACUCGACGUGGGGGUCGGACUCCGAGAGCGACGAGCCGGCGGCUGAGGAUGACAGCGGCGUCUCCGACUCCAUCAGCCCGGCGGAGAGCGACUCGUCUCCGCAGCUGACUGGAUCCCCGGAGUCUGUUCCAAAGAUGAAGAGGAGUUUCUACGCUGCCAGGGAUCUCUACAAAUACCGUCAUAGCUACCCGAACUACAGAAAGUCUCGGCAACCCAACGAGUACCGUAACCUGCGAUUCUACCUGAACAAGAUCCCUCUAGUCCCUGAUGGUAUCUACAUCGAGGAGAUUCUGACAAAGUGGAGAGGCGACUAUGACAAACUGGAGCACAAUCACACCUACAUUCAGUGGCUGUUCCCAUUGAGAGAACAAGGGCUCAACUUCUACGCACAUGAACUGACUCAGGACGAGAUCAAAGAAUUCCAAAGCACUCGGGAAGCCAAGCGCAGAUUUCUGGCAGCUUACUCCAUCAUGUUGGACUUCUAUGGGAUCAAACUGCUGGAUAAGAGCGGGAGUGUUGCUCGGGCACCCAACUGGCAGGAGCGCUUCCAGCACCUUAAUGAGUCCCAGCACAAUUACCUGCGGGUCACGCGCAUCCUGAAGUCCCUCGGCGAGCUCGGCUACGAGGCGUUCAAGGCCCCGCUGGUCCGUCUGUUCCUGCAGGAGUCGCUGUACCACAACACCCUUCCCAACAUGCAACACAGCGUCCUGGAGUACUUUGUCUACACCAUCCGCCUUCCGGCCACCCGCAGACGCUUGCUCCGCUACGCUCGCCAGCAUUACAGGCCCGCCCACGCCUUCCUCUGGGGCCCACCACCUAAAAGGAGAGGUGGGGGUGGCGGCGGAGGGAGCAUGGGUGCUGGAAGUAGUGGGAUCAGAGCGCCUGCGCCAACGCCAGAGCCGCAGAGGAGGGGGGAGGAGAGCAGCCCAUCUGCAGGUAGAGGGAUUAUUGUGUCUUCCCAUGAUGCCAUGAUGUGCCAGGAGCAGAUUGGAGCAGGGCUGAAGGGUUCUACAGGACUGGGCUCCAGUAUGAGCGGACUGGAGGGAGCGUUGAUGAUGGCGGGGGCUAGAGGAGAGAUAAACGACUACAGUGAGACUUUUCCUUUGUAGAGACCGGGGGGGGGGGUUCGAUUGUUAUCUAGUAAACAAACAGCUGUAUUUUUAAUUAACUGGUUUAGAUGUAGAGAAACAAUCUUCGUUUAUACCGGAGCUUUCUGAAGCUUUCUGGAUUAUCAUGUAGGUACUAAAACACAUUUAUAAGUGUCAUUAGAAACAAUCCAGGUUAAGGGCUUUUCAUAAAAUACUAUGAAGUAUUUCUUUUCUGGUCAGCAGUUUAGCUGUUUUAAAUAAGGGGUAACUAACUUGCCUUGGUCCACAUCUCAGAACCAUCUUUCCUGAUCAGGGCUAGAUAUGAUCGACUUAGAAAGACUGCCUUAUUUCAUGUUCUGGUCUGGGACGGUCUCUGAAGUGAAAGGAGUUACUGAUACUAAAUAACGCUUCAGAACUCAAGCUGCCAGCUGAUUGGCUCGUCUGUCUGGUCUUGGUUUGAGAAACUCAGUCCUGCGUACUCAUUAAAUUGUGCAGCGGAAAGCUGAGCUCACUUCCUACCGGCGAUGUGAAGUUAAAACUACAAUGUGAAGAGAGGGAGCAGGACCAUUAUGUGGUGUUUUUUUUUUUUUUUUGAGAACACAUUAAUAGUGUGCGGGCUAGUUUUAUCACAGCAAUACUCUGGACUUUAAAUCCUCACUCUGUUGUUAAUAAUAAGAGGCACAAAUCCAUAUUUAUCUGCACUGCAAUUUACUUGUACAAAAGCUGAACGUAGCUGCUCCCACAUGAACUGUACAUAACUUUAGAGCAAAGAAGUGGACUAUUUUGUGACGAGAUAUCUGUAGGAAACAGUGAAGAUAUCACCAUAUUUAUACAGCGUCCAUUUUCCUUUAAUGCCAAGCUCAAAAUGCUGGUAUCCAAAGGAUGAUGUCGUGUUUCUGUGUUCUUAGUUAUAAGUCUUCUAAAUGUUGAGAAUCUAACAAAUCAGUAUCACCUCAAGCCUUCCUGAUAACACAAUAGAAAAGGGAAAUGAUGGACCGACCUUUGGCCGUGUUUCAGAGUUAACUUCAUAAAUAUCAGUGUUGUGUUUAGUAUGAGAAAUGUAAAUGGUGAAAUAAAGCACAGCAGUACGACAUCAUCCUCUCCACACUGAGCGUGAUGUCUGGGGAAAAUGGAGUCUGUGUUAAUAUGGUGAAUAGAGCGGCUUUUAAGUGACAUCACUCCUCUCCUUAACUGACUGGCACAGCGGCGGUUCACUGGACUAAGUUAUUUCUGCUCAAGAUGGCUGAAUACAACAGAUACCUGCUACUGUUAAAACAGCUAAAUACACCUACUUACAUUUAAAAAAGACUCUAAACAGACCCUGCCUUGUGCCUCUCUGUGUGAGGCCAAACAGGCUGACAGAUGGAUAUCAGAACAUUGUCCAUGCAAAGAAAUGUUGCCCUUUUGAUUAGAUAGCAAACAUUGAAUAAAGCAACAUAAGCUAGCAGUUGUUAGCAUCAUACAACUAAAGCUGCAACUUGUUAAAAAAAAAAGUCUAUUUCUAAUUACUUAGAACGACUAGCAAGACAUCAUUUGAAAAUAUUCUAUGUUGCUGACAUUUUGAAUUGAUGGCUUCUGCCUUCACUCCAUCUUUGUAGUCUCCCUAAAACUAAAUCGCUACAGGUGAUUUGACAUUUUGGUUGCAGUGAUGUCACCGCUUGAAGUUGUUUUUACCUUUAAAAAACAUCUUCUCCACUCAUGAUGUUUAAAUGGAAAAAUGUAUCUUCUUAGACAGCUGCCACUCAGAGUUGUGUGUCACCUAAAAGCCUCUCGCACUCAUUUUAUCGAGGAGAUGGGACGUGAACUUUAACUGAAGUUAAUGUGUAUGAACGUGACGUGUAGUGUGUUGCACUUUUUUGACAAUCUGUGUCUUCCUGUCGAAAGCGCUGUAGGUUAGUGAAGGUUGUUUGUUUGGGGUAAAAACAUCAACAUAUAAUCUAAAAAUGAUCAGCCUACCUUUGCGAUUAGCUGUUUCCAACCAGGCUAGUUUGUGGUGAUGUAGUGGAUCCAUUUGUAAUCACUCUAUAGAAAUGUGUUAAUUUUAAUGCCAAAAAUACCCCUCUAAUUAUUUCCAUAUUACUCUACUUUAAUGGGUCAAAUAAUUAGCAUGUAUGACGCUCCUCUGAAAGUGGAGCUUUUAUGUGAUUUAGCGUCAGCAGCUUUUCCAGUAAAUGAAGCCUUUUACUGACGAUCACCUCUGAUAUGUGAUGUUGAUAAGACAUCAAAUCAUCUCUCGCAUCAUGCCAGAGGCUCACAGCAUCACCUUACCUGUGUGUAGUUUUUUUUUUUUAUAAAAGACCAAUAUUAUCCUGAAAUGUCAGGAAGAGAGCAUUUAUGGUCCUCUAGAGCCAAUGUUGACUUGGCAGAUGUUUAAACAGGCAAUUCAAUUCUGGUAUUUUUAAACCUGGGACCUUUUUUUUUUUUUAUGUUUUGGGGCCUUAAAUCCUACAGGUACAAUCAAAAUUCAACAUUGGAUCAGCUGAUUGAUGCAACCAUCAGCCAGGAAACAUGCUGUAAGAAGUUCAGUCUAAUCAUUGGAGUCAAAUACCUCUGAUGAAAGCUCCUGUGAAGAAUUUUUAGAUGGUUAUGGAACGAGCUGAAAUCAAUGUAAAUGCCUCUUAAUGACCCACAAACGCAAACGAUUCCAUCAGCAAAAAGAUCGACCAUUUCUGUAUAUUUUUUAUUUAUGUCUGAAACUUCUGCCGCAGGGUAGGUGUCAGACAAGGAGAAACCUACAGCUGCAAACUGCAGACACAGCCUUUAUUUACCUUUUCCAGCACAAAGAAUCCAGAUGAGUGACUGAUUUGACUGUGAAAACAAAGUCAAGUAUAAAAAAUAAGCAGAGUGGAGAGGUAGCACUCUGUCCACAGGUAAAGUUUAACGGCGCGCACAGCCGAUGCUCCACACAGAUACAGGGGUAGCGUGGCCACCAUUGUGCGUACAUAUACGUAUCGUUGAAAGCAAGUAUAUCCCCAUCAACUUUAUGGACAGAAUCAGAGCUUUUUGUUCAAGAGGAAGGUCCUAUUUUGGAAACCAAGCUCAGCCUCCAUUGGCAACAACACUUAAACCUCUAAGGAGUUGGUGGUCUUUCACUGCUUUGAUAUUUAAGUUGUUUUGUGUUACAUUUUCUUAAACCAAGCAGCUGUUGAAUCCAUGAAUCCAGAACACUUGUUCUACUUUUUUAGCCAUUUAAACCCUAAAAUGCAAAUCUAAAAAAUGUUCCCAGGUUUUAGAAUACUUUAAUCCCCCUUUAAGGCAGGUCUGUUUGAUUCUGGGUUUUUAUUUUUGGUUUCAUGAGACGUCCUGGUUGCAUUAGAUCGUUAUCUGUGAAAUUAAAGCCAUGUGAGAUGUACGACAGCGCUGAUUUCAACCGUUCCUCCUGUAGUGUGAAGCCUUUUCAUUUUUUUAGUACAAGCUGACGGGGUUUCUACAUCGCUCUCCAGCCAAGUCUAUCUGAUAUAAUUGUAAAAAACAAAAAACUUUUCAGGUGAAUUGUGCGAAAACAUGGGCUCAAGAAUCUGAAUUUGUAGUAUGUGUAAGUGUGUGUGUGUGUGUGUGUGUGUGUGUGUGUGUGUGUGUGUGUGUGUGUGUGCCUGUGUGUGUGUGAUCUUCUUAAGUGCCUUUUUUGUAUUUUUUAUGUUUCUGAAUGCCGUCUCUUCCAACUCAUCUCCUGUGCAUCCUGUUUUUUUUUUGUAUAGCAGUUUUGAUAUUUACAUUCUACUUGUUGCAUUAUAAUCAUAUACAGUAUGAGUAUUAAUGUACAGUAACAGCAGGACUAAAUCCCUUAAGGAUGAACACAGUGUAGAGGAGAGGUUAAUGAUAUAUACUACUUGAAAUUGUAACAAAUGAAAUGUGAUUGUUUCAUUGAUAAAUAUCCACUAUGCUUCAUCUCGCAGCAUAGGUUUGUCACAAUAACUGGACAGUUGCCCUGAAAUGUGAAUUUGCCACACUUAUCUUGAAUAAAAAUAGGAAUGUGGAUUAAGA